GAGAGGAAGUGAGCAGCAAAAAGGAGAGAAAAGAAUAAGCUGAGGAAUGAGUGAGUCAAAGUGGCCUUAACUACCAGCGAUAACAUUGUCCGCUCAAUAACUGUAAAUGACGACCGGAUUUCAUUUUUAUAUUUCAUUGCUUUAUCUAAACUUUUGCCAACCAAUAUAAUGGGAAACCUUCACUGAUUUUAGUUCAGUUAAUUAAUCAACUUAUUCUGGUGAUCAUCUUCAUUUUCAUCUUUUCAUGCAUUUCAAACGUUUUUAAAAAGUUAAACAUUGAAGUUACCUUUUGUUUACCUCUGUUUGUUCAGUCAUUGUUUAUUCAAAACCUUGACCCUUUUCAAAGUUUUUGCUGUUGAUUUUUGACUCUUUAUUUGGUUCAUAAUUUUGUUAAGCUUUUUCACCAAUUUGCUAUUCGAAUUGACUUUUUACUUUGAAUUGACUUUCAUCCAUUAACUAUCAGUAUGCUUAAUCAUUUGGUGAAUGUUCAUUUCUGUUCCAUCGUAAUUUUGUUCUUGUUCCAAUUUUCUUCCAAAGUCUCCGGUCAUGGAAGGUUGAUUCAACCUGCUAGUCGGUCAUCUGCUUGGCGAUUUGGUUUCCCAACUACUCCUAAUUACGAUGACAAUCAACUUUUCUGUGGAGGUUUUACAGUUCAAUGGGAUGUGAAUGAUGGUAAAUGUGGAAUCUGUGGUGAUCCCUAUUCUGGUCCAAAGCCAAAUGAGUUGCCAGAUGGAAAGUAUACCAAACCGUUAAUUAUCACUGCUAAUUAUACUGAAGGAGACACAAUCACUGCAUUAGUUCAGCUAACUGCCAACCACCAUGGUAGCUUUGAUUUCCGUUUGUGUCCAGCCACCAGUGAUAAGGUUGAAGUGACUCAGGAAUGUUUAAACUCUCAUGUACUUGAAGUUCUUAAUUCGGUUGAUGGUUCACGUUAUAAAUACACUGUACCCGACGAUGCCCACAGAACUUAUGAAGUCUCAGUAGCUCUUCCGAGAGGAUUAACCUGUGAUCGAUGUGUAUUCCAAUGGACCUACACGGCAGGUAAUAACUGGGGUCGUUGUGAUAACGGAACUUCAGCAACAGGAUGUGGUCCACAAGAAACAUUCAGAGCUUGUGCAGAUGUUCGCAUAAAUUCAAAGUCAAAUAAAGAAGAUGACGAAUGCGAUGAUGACGAUAGGGAUGAAAAGAUUGAAAAGGAAAUUUCUGAAGUUGAUAAUGACAUUGAUUCAUCUUCACCAAAAAUAUCUUCAACCACAACAACAAAUCCAAAAGAUGAAAUUGAACGUGAAUCCGUUACAGAAAAACCAAAAUUGUAUUCUGGUACCAGACGCUCAUGGACAACUGAAGCCACAGAAAAGGAAAGCUCAACUAAAUGGGUUAGAGAAAAAGAACCAACAACACCUAAAUCCAUUCAGUCAGUAUUAACUCCAAAAUCAGUUUCUGAUGUAACCAGUAAUGGAUUAUUAAAAUGUAUUCCUGUUGGAAGAUAUCGUAAAUCGUCUGGAAUGGAAAGAUGGUGUUUAGAUAACUGCAAUGUCGGUUUCUGUCCUCCAACACAUUGUAAAUGUGAAUAAAGAGAAAAACAAAGUUUAUUUCAUCCUUACUAAUCAGCCCACCAGCCCACAAAGUAUAACAAAAUCAGCUAUGAUUGAAGUCGAUCUCAGUUACAAAUUUCAAAUAUUUAAAUCCUUUUCUUCAAACGAAAAUAAAUUGUUCAUUUAAUACAAUGUAUUAAGAAAAAUCAAAUCUAAGGUAUUAAAUUGUAUACAACUAUUUUACCCUGCAUAAA